UCCCACCGGCAUCGGAAUUAGCCUCUCGUCUGGGCUUUGGUCUGAAAAGGCAAUAAAUAGUCCUUUCAUUGGUACUGUGGUCUAACAAGUGGAAGGGGAAAAUGCUAGAAGAGCAUCUGGCCGCUGCUGCUCUUGUAAUCGCAGCUAGAUGGGCCAAGGGUGCCGUCGGACCGACGGGAUCCAGCUUGAACGGCCAUGGGGAAUGUCGCCGGCUCGAAUUUCAACGUUCGUGGAGUUGGCAACCGGGCAGGCAGGCAGAUAAGCUAUCCGUCAGCGAAUAUUUCGAAUAGUCGCGAAUGUUAACAUUCCAACAGGGGGGGGGGGGGGGCUCGUUUAAUGCCAUUUUCAUGGUAGCGGUCGCCGUCAAUCGACUGUUUCAACAUCCCUGGACGUCGGGUUUUGCUUCGCUGGGGUCUCCCAGAAAAGGAUGGAAGUGGGUUCAUCUGGCGAUGUGUACAAAAGAGAUGCGUCUCCCGUCUUCCCACCUCGAGAGAGUUGAUAGACUUUUUUGCCCUUUUGGAACUCACGCGCAACGCCAAUUUAUCCGCUAUCUAGAAAUUGUUUGCUUUAGACUAUCCAGACAUUGAAACUCACGUACGUACAUUGCACAGACACAGAACAUGGCGCCCAGGAGAUUCGCCGCCGAGGAUGCGGACCCCACGCCGCUCGCGGAGCCUCUCCGGUUUGCCUUCUCGGGCAGAACGGCCAAGAACCGCUUCCUGAAGGCGUCCAUGUCGGAGCGCCUGGCGACAUGGGACGCCGCGCACCCCGAGGACCGCGGCGUGCCGACGCCCGAACUCAUCAACGUCUACCGCCGCUGGGGCGAGGGCGGCUUCGGCGUCAUCCUCUCGGGCAACGUCAUGCUCGACUACGACCAGCUCCAGGCCGCCGGCAACCCCAUUAUCCCGCCCGCGGCGCCCUUCGAGGGCGAGCGCUUCGAACGCUUCCAAAAGCUCGCCGAGGCCGCCAAGAGACACGGCAGCCUCGUCCUCGCGCAGCUGAGCCACCCCGGCCGCCAGGUCACCGCCAACAUCAACCCGCACCCCAUCUCGGCGAGCGACGUGCAGAUCGAGGGCGAGGUCAUGGGCAUGACGUUUGGCAAACCGCGCGCCAUGGACAAGGCGGACAUCAAGAGGGUUGUGGACGGCUUCGCGCACGCCGCCGAGUACGUGCAUAGGGCGGGCUUUGACGGAGUCGAGCUGCACGGCGCACACGGCUACCUUCUCGCGCAGUUCCUCUCGCCGGCGACCAACAAGCGGACGGACGAGUACGGCGGGUCGCUCGCCAACCGGGCGCGCAUCAUCGUCGAGGUGGCCGACGCCAUCCGCGAGCGCGUGGCGGACCCGGGCUUCAGCCUCGGCAUCAAGGUCAACAGCGUCGAGUUCCAGGACGGCGGCUUCAGCACCGACGACUGCCGGGCGCUGUGCGCGAUGCUCGAGGGCCGCGGCUUCGACUUUGUCGAGCUGUCGGGCGGCACGUAUCAGAACCUCGCGUUCCAGCACAAGCGCGAGUCCACAAGGCGGCGCGAGGCCUUCUUCCUCGACUUCGCCGAGGCCAUCAUCCCCGCGCUCGACAAGACCAAAGUGUACGUCACGGGCGGGCUGCGCACGACGGCGGCCAUGGUGAGGGCGCUCGAGACGGUGCACGGCAUCGGGCUGGCGCGGCCGGUGUGUAACGAGUUCGACCUGCCGCGGAUCCUGCUCGAGGGCACGGCCAAGAGCGCCAUCGAGACGCUGCUCGGCGAGGACAAUUUUGUACUGACAAACUCGCUGGCCAGUACGCAGAUGCGCCUCGUAGGCCAGGACAAGGAGCCGCUCGACGUCAGCCAGGAGAAGGGCAAGGACGUGUUUGAGAAGUUGCUGGCCAAGUGGUCCCAGCAGAUGGCGAACAACGCCGAGAAGUCCAAGCAUUCCACAAGACUGUAGAGGCUUCAUAUAGUGGUGCCGAAUGCGCGCUCUUUCUCCCUAGCCUGAACUAUGGGCACCAUGGUAUUUAGACGUUUGUGCAUGGUAGAUCAGGACCAUGGGACCCUUAUGGGUUAUAGCCUCGACCCCAAGAGCCGGAUGCCUGAAGGUGCAGGCCGGAUUUCAGACAUCCUUACUUGUUGAAAGAAGUCCGGGUAUGAUGUACGUCGAUGUUGGAUCUUCAACGCUGUAGCCCUGUGGCACGCACACCGUAUGCGGCCUCGGCUUAGUGGUAAGAGGCGGAGAUGUGAUGUGAGCGAAGUAGAAGAAUAGAAAGAAGCGACUUUUUUGAGUCUAUGGGUGCCUCGAUCCGAUCUGCAGUUCUGCUAAUGAGUGAUGAUGGUGAUGGCAACGGUGAUGGUGAUGAUGAUAAUGUUGAUGUUGAUGUUGAUGUCGAGGGCAACGCGAAUGGUCGAUAGAACUACGUCGCGUCCCGAGUAUCGGCGGGGGAGACUUCAAUUGAGUAUUCAAUGAAAGCUGUUAGAACGGUGGACAGUUUAGAAUUAGGUUGCCUGUAUUAGAUUCCUUGUGACGACAUGUUCGCUCAGCUAGCUGGAUGAACACCACCUCGUUGCGUGUACUUCCAGGUACAUAUGAGUCGUGAUGGGACGGUCUGGUCUGUCUGCAGGGAAGACUCCAAACCUUGUGUUGCAGAAGAUUAGACGGGGUAAACUCAAUUGACUUGCCCGAGUUGGUGCACCGACCCCGAGGCCGGGACAAGAUGCCGCGAAAAGGCGAGAUUGAUGGAAGAUGUGGAUUAAUGACGAUUGAUGAUUC